GUCUGUACACAAAGUUUUGCAUAAAUUAAUAAAACUUGCCCCACUGUUGAAAAUCAAAGUAAAGCAAAUCAGCGGUUAUGAAAAGAUUUCGUAAUUUAUCAGUAAACAAAAGAAAAAAACACUUAGACACUGCAGUUCCAGAAAUUGACAACGUGGAACCCCAGAGUAAAGACGACAAUGUCCCAAUCAAUCAAAAAGCAAAGUUCAAAUUUCGUAUUGGAAAAACACUUUUUCGGACAAAGAGUGCAAAAAAGUCAUCUUCCUCAAAUGAAUCUGAAAGAAACAGUACCAUUGCUGAAAACAAAAAUGGACCAAGUUCUUCUUUAACUGAUGUUCAAUCUAAUCAAGAUAGCCCAAUACAAGUAAACAAUUCUAACUUUUUGAAUGAUUCAACUCAAGAAAGAAGUUGUCAAACUGAUGAACUAAGCAAUGGUCAGGCUGGAAAUGUUCAAAACAUAACUCCGAAGCAGCACAUAAAUGGCCAUGCAGGGGGUGACCAACUACAUUCUUCAAAUUACACAUGCAACAAUUUUACAAGCCAAGGGACCUCAGAAAAUUCUCCAAACGAAAACCUGUAUCAAUUACCCUCAAAUGACACUCACACCAAUCAUAGUGGGAAACUAUCCCAAUUACAAGAAGAAGACACUGUUGUACCGGAUUCCACUGAUGUUUAUCAAACUCCAGAGAGCUUAGACCAUGGUAUAAUGGGUGCUACAGCUGCUCCGGUAUCUCCAGAUGUUAACCACACCUUUCAUACCCUUACAAGUCUCCAUGUUCCACCUACCAUGAGGAAAAACACGCUCACCAACGAGUUCAAGAAACUUGCCCAACAGGGUUGGUACUGGGGGCCGCUGACAAGGUCAGAAGCUGAAGAUAAACUGAAUGAAACUCCAAAUGGAUCUUUCCUUGUCAGGGAUAGUUCUGAUGAAAGAUAUUUGCUAUCACUGAGUUUUCGUUCUUUUGGAAGAACUCUUCACACUAGAAUUGAACAUUCUUCUGGUAAUUUCAGCUUCUAUGAAAACAACAGAAUGCAGUCUUAUGACUCGGUAGUAGAUUUGAUCAUGGAUUCUGUGAGAGAUUCCCAGGAGGCCGGAAUAUUCUGUUAUUCAAGAACUAGGGACCCUCUUGCUACAACUUAUCCUGUUCGAUUAAUUCACCCUGUGUCACGCCUCUCACAGGUGCGCACUCUGCAAUACUUGUGUCGGUUCGUCAUACGUCAGUACACACGUAUUGACCAUAUUGAAAGCUUGCCGUUGCCAAACCCCGUCAAGGGUUAUCUCAACGAAUCUUACUUCUAAAUGUUCCUAUUGGCCUUCGUUACGACCCUUCGUAACUCGUUUAAUCAUAUAGUUUAUAUUUUAGCCGUAUCUAUUUAACGAGGUGCUGUAAACAACACCAUUAUUUGCGCGAAAACUUUACGUGUCGCACUGUUAUAACCGUGUAUUUUUUUACAGAAAUCUUUUUUUCAUAUAUCGGUCAAUUUCAGCUCUGUACAUUGAACGUCGCUUUGUAAAUCCGCGUGCUACUUUUAUGCAUUCCGUUUUUAAUUCUACUGUAGCUAAUUCAACCGUGUAACAGCCCAGAGGCACUUAGCAAGCACGAGUGGCCCUGGUUCUAGAGAGCAGCUUUGGUUGUGCUAUAGACACUCCACCCGAAGCGAGUAUUACCUUACUUAUUGUUUAUCUGUACGAGGGACGAAGGGCUCUUCACUCUGUCGCGCGACCUAAUUUUUGUCGGAUUACUCAUCGCGUCCGUGUACGAUUACAGCAUUAGGUUGUACCGUAAAGGCCCGAUUUCAAGCGAUACCCAGCGAAUCUAUCGUAUCACUGUGAUAAGGAUGCACGCCACCGAACUGAACGAUCUGCCAUUAAAACUAAUCGUCUCUAAUCUUUUUAACCCGUCGUUACGUUAUGUGUGUUCCAGUAAAUAUUUGCCCAUGCGGUUCAUUCUUUCUUCCAAUAAACAAGCUUCUCAAU